GUACACACUCUAAAGAAACGAUAAGAAAUCGUUUUAAAUUAUUUCUUAAAAUACAAUUUAAGCAUAAUUUGGACUAAGGGGCAGUUAGUAAGCCAAAUAAACCAGCAGUAUGCCAACAAUUGGAGUUAAACGUGAUCUGUUGUUCGAUGCGCUCGGCAAGAAGUACACCGAUGACGAGUUUCAAAAACUUUGCUUUGCCUUCGGUUUGGAGCUGGAUGAAGUGACAACAGAGAAGCAAAUGAUGACCAAAGAGCAGGGCGAUGUGGCAGCUGCAGCGAAUGCAAGCGAAGAGAUUAUCUACAGGAUCGAUAUACCUGCCAACCGCUAUGAUUUGCUGUGCCUGGAGGGCCUGGUCACCGCUCUGCGUGUUUUCCAGGGCAAAGUGGAGCCACCGAUAUUUCGAUUAGUGGAUCCAGUGCAGCGUCAAGUGCUAAAAAUUGACGCAUCCACUGCACAGAUUCGACCGUUCGCUGUGGCCGCCGUGCUGCGUAAUGUGAGCUUUACGCCGGACUCGUACAAAAGCUUCAUCGAUCUGCAGGACAAACUGCAUCAGAAUAUUUGCCGCAAGCGAACGCUGGUCGCCAUUGGCACCCACGAUCUGGACACCAUCCAGGGACCCUUCAGCUAUGAGGCCCUGCCACCGGAACAAAUCAAAUUUGUGCCUCUCAACCAGACGCAGCAGCUGAACGGACUCCAGCUGAUGGAGUUUUAUGCGACGCACGCUCAGCUCAAGCAAUAUUUGCCCAUCAUACGCGACUCGCCCGUCUAUCCGGUGAUCUACGAUGCCAAUCGUGUGGUGCUCUCACUGCCACCCAUCAUCAAUGGGGAUCACUCGAAGAUCUCGUUGAGUACGAAGAAUGUGUUCAUCGAAUGCACUGCUACCGAUCUGACCAAGGCCAAGGUGGUGCUGGACACAAUCGUUUGCCUCUUCUCCGAAAAGUGCACGGUGGAGCCAUGCAAUGUGGUGCAACCGGAUGGCACCACCGUCUCCUAUCCAGAGCUUGCGGUGCGUGAGGAGCGCGUGUCAGUGAAACGAGCCAAUGCCUACAUUGGCAUCAAUGAGCCAGCCACCAAGCUGGCUGAUAUGCUGACUCGCAUGUAUCUGGAGGCAAAAGUGGAUGCCAAGGACGGGGAUACGUUGAGCGUAAAAAUUCCUCCCACCCGGCACGAUGUCAUACAUGCGUGUGAUAUCUAUGAGGAUAUUGCGAUUGCAUUCGGCUACAACAACAUUAAGAAAUCCUUGCCAGCUUUCAUGCAAAUCGCCAAGCAGUUUCCACUCAACAAACUGACCGAGCAGUUGCGGGAACAGGUGGCCCAAGCUGGAUUCACCGAGGCCCUGACCUUUACGCUAUGCUCCCGCGAUGAUAUUGCGCGAAAGCUGAACAAAGAGAUCGAAUCGCUGCCAGCGGUGCAUAUUGGCAAUCCAAAAACGUUGGAGUUUCAGGUGGUGCGCACAACGCUGGUGCCCGGUCUGCUGAAGACGCUGGUGGCCAAUCGCAAGAUGCCACUGCCUCUGAAGCUCUUCGAGAUUAGCGAUGUGGUUGUCGUCGCCGAGAGCUCGGAGGUGGGCGCUCGCAAUGAGCGACGUCUGUGUGCAAUCAAUUGCAACAAGAACGCCGGAUUUGAGGUGGUACAUGGUCUGUUGGAUCGUGUCAUGCAAUUGCUAUCGGUGCCCUGGAAAACGGGCACGGCCGAAAAGGGCUACCAUCUUCAGGCAACGGAAGAUCCGAGCUACUUUCCGGGUCGUUGCGCCAACAUCAUCUUAAACACGGCUGUCAUAGGCAGGAUCGGUGUCCUGCAUCCCAGUGUGCUGCAGGCCUUCGAAUUGACCACGCCAUGCUCUGUCGUUGAGUUCACCAUUGAGCCCUUUGUUUAAUGAACAGUCAAAUUGUUUAUAAUAUUCCCAAAAAUGUCUUAAUAAAUGGUCACAAAAAUGAA